AUGGGCGUUCGGCUUCUGGACAGCAGUAUGAGAAGUAUGCCACUACCUACCCCUAUCAAACCUGAGAAUUAUUCUGAAAUAAUUGUGAAAAAAAAUGUUAAACAGGCGCAAGACGAAGAAGAGGAAGAGAAAGAUAAAGACGAAUUGAACGCGAAAGUACAGCUCUGGCGUUCUUUAAGCGUAGGAUCCGAGGUUACCAAAACCGAAUUCCCUCUAAAACAGGGAUCAGUAUGUAAUGGCUCAAUGGUAAAUGGAUCAGAAUUGUGUUCGGAUAUCGGGCCCUCAGCCUCGAUCGUAGCGGCGGAAUUAGCAAUGAAGUCACAAUCACCGGCAGCACGAGCCCCAAAUAAAAUGUACAAACCUGCAGAAGAUGAGGGAACAAGAAGCUCCAUCCUGGGGGAUUUGACAGUCGAGGAAGCCAAAGCCAAAGGUUAUCAAUAUAUGUCGAGACAAGAGAGAUGGAUGAGAGAGUCUGUGCCAGAGAAUGAAAUUGAUGGCGAUAAGUCUGAAUCAAUGAACGGAUUUUCCCGAAGGAAUUCAGAAGGAGACAAGUUUUCGUGUUUUUCCGGAAAUCAGUAUGGGAUUCAAUUGACCAUUUCUUGUGGGUCGCCUAGCGAUGGAGACAGCAAUAAGAAACUCAUUACUAGUAAGAGUAGAAGCAACAAGUCAAGUGAGGCAAAUUCAGCUUAA